CGCAUUAUUGAUGUUAAAUUUUUUAAAUACUUUUCAACAUAUGUUUUUUUUUUUUGAAAAAAAAAUCUCAGAACUUCGGGCACUUCGGCCAGUGGAAUUCAGGUUUUCAUUCGACCGGCAUAUGUUUCUAAAAUCUCAAUAAUUGAGAAGAGGAAAAAUUGCAAAAAUGGUGGGAAUAAUGAGCGCGAAGGAAAUUCGCCAAAUUUACAUUGAUUAUUUCAAAAAACAAUUGGAACACACUUAUGUGCAUUCCAGUUCGACUAUUCCUCACGAUGAUCCUACUUUAUUGUUUGCCAACGCUGGAAUGAAUCAGUUUAAGCCAAUUUUUUUGGGCACUGUGGAUCCCAAUAGCGACAUGUCGAAAUGGAUUCGAGUCGUAAAUACUCAAAAAUGUAUAAGAGCUGGUGGAAAACACAAUGAUUUGGAUGAUGUUGGAAAAGACGUUUAUCAUCACACCUUUUUCGAAAUGUUGGGAAAUUGGUCGUUUGGUGACUAUUUUAAGAAAGAAAUUUGUACAUGGGCUUGGGAAUUUUUGACUGGAAUUUUAAAACUUCCGGCUGAACAACUUUAUGUGACUUAUUUUGGUGGUGAUGAGAAAAGUGGAUUACCACCGGAUGAUGAAUGCAAACAAAUUUGGCUUUCUCUUGGUGUACCUCCGACUCACGUUAUUCCUGGUUCAAUGAAAGACAAUUUUUGGGAAAUGGGUGAAACUGGUCCUUGUGGUCCAUGCAGUGAAUUGCAUUUCGAUAGAAUUGGCGGCAGAGAUGUUCCUCAUCUUGUCAAUAUGGAUGAUCCCGAUGUUCUUGAGAUUUGGAAUCUUGUUUUUAUUCAAUUCAAUAGAGAAUCGAGCGGUGAUCUUCGAUCAUUGCCGAAGAAACACAUUGAUUGUGGUUUAGGUUUGGAACGUUUGGUAUCGGUGAUACAAAAUAAGCGCUCAAAUUAUGACACUGAUUUAUUUAUGCCAAUUUUUGAAGCGAUUGAAAAAGGAACGGGCGCUCCUACUUAUCAAGGAAAAGUUGGCAACGAGGACAAAGACGGAAUUGACAUGGCUUAUCGCGUUUUAGCGGAUCAUGCACGAACUUUGACUAUUGCUCUCGCCGAUGGAGGAGUUCCUGACAAUACAGGCCGAGGAUACGUCCUCAGAAGAAUUUUAAGACGUGGUGUUCGUUACGCCACUGAGAAGUUAAAUGCAAAACCUGGAUUCUUUGCCUCUUUGGUGAAUGUUGUCGUAAGCAUUCUUGGCGAUGUCUUUCCGGAAGUGAAGAAAGAUCCCGAUUCAAUUAUUUCGAUUAUCAAUGAAGAGGAGGCACAAUUUUUAAAGACUUUAUCGAGAGGACGAAAUCUUUUGAAUCGAACAAUUGGAAAAUUGGAAUCAUGUAAAAUUGUUCCCGGCGAAGUUGCAUGGCGAUUAUAUGACACAUAUGGCUUUCCCGUCGAUUUAACGCAAUUGAUGGCCGAGGAAAAAGGUCUUCAAGUUGAUAUGCAAGGCUACGAGGAAGCAAAAAAAUUGGCGCAGAUAGCAUCGCAGGGAAAAACUGGCGAAAUUGAUGAUGGAGUGAAUUUGGAUGUUCAUUCAAUUACGGAAUUACAAAAUAAAGGAAUUAAACCGACAAAUGAUAUGCCGAAAUAUAAUUAUUCAGUAAAAUCGUCGGACAAGAAGGCGGAAUAUGUAUUUUCAUCGUGUACAAGCACUGUUAUUGCUUUGAGACGUGGUAAACAAUUUGUCAAGGAUGUUACGUCAGGUGAAGAAGUUGGUAUUUUAUUGGAUCAAACUAGUUUUUACGCAGAACAAGGUGGUCAAAUUUAUGACGAAGGAUUUUUAGUCAAAGUUGGCGAUGAGGGCACAGAAGUUCGUGUAAAAAAUGUGCAAGUUAGAGGCGGAUAUGUUUUACACAUUGGCACUGUUGGUCAGGGAAUAUUAAAAGAAGGCGACAAAGUUCUUUCAAAUAUUGACACUGCAAGAAGAAGAUUAAUAAUGAGUAAUCAUACAGCAACUCAUAUUUUAAAUCAUGCACUACGAAGUGUUUUAGGCACCGAUGCUGAUCAAAAAGGAUCACUUGUUGCUCCUGAUCGAUUACGAUUUGAUUUCACCAAUAAAGGUGGAAUGACAUCGCAGCAGCUAAAGAAAACGGAGGUAAUUACAAAUGAAAUAAUUGAUGAAAAUAAAAAAAUAUUUACCAAGGAGAGUAAAUUGUCAUUGGCAAAAACAAUACAAGGGAUACGUGCAAUGUUUGAGGAAACAUAUCCCGAUCCUGUGAGAAUUGUCAGUGUUGGAAUUGACGUUGAAAAUUUAGAGAAAGAUCCUUUAAAUCCCGCUGGAACUAAAACUAGUGUUGAAUUUUGUGGAGGAACUCAUUUGCAUUAUUCGGGACAUGUCGGUGAUUUUAUAAUUGCAAGCGAAGAUGCAAUUGCAAAAGGAAUAAGAAGAAUUGUCGCGCUCACUGGUCCAGAAGCUGCGAAGGCUUUGACCAAAGCUGAUGUAUUACAAAAAAGUCUCGAAAAACUUCAAGCAGAUGUGAAAAAUAAUACAAAUACAUUUGAUUCGAAGGAAUAUGUUAAAAAAAUUGUCGAAUUAACCGAAGACAUUUCUCAUGCUACAAUUCCUUGUUGGAGAAAGGAUGAGAUGCGAGAUAUGCUGAAGUCAUUAAAAAAAUCAUUGGAUGAUAAAGAGCGUGCAAUGAAAGCAGCGGUUGCUAAUUCGGUUGUUGAAAUUGUUGAACAACUUGUAAAAUUAAACAUUGGAACUCCUGCUGUAGUGGAAAUUUUGCAAGCUUACGAUAAUACAAAAGCUCUUGAUGCGGCUUUGAAAAAAGUGAAAUCUUUAUCACCAGAAACAAGUGCUUUAUUCUUGAGUGUCGAUCCCGAUAAGAAGAAAAUUUUCGCCCUCAGUGCUGUUCCUAAAAGCGCUAUUGCUAAAGGAUUAAAGGCAAAUGAAUGGAUACAGUCAAUUACGUCAAUUAUGAAUGGAAAAGGAGGUGGAAAACCGGAAUCUGCUCAAGCUUCGGGUUCAAAUAUUUCCGGAUUGAAUGAAGCAUUAAAAGUAGCAAAAGAAUAUGCUUCCUCGAAGCUUGGUGUCAAAAUAGAAGUUUCAUUGGAAAAUUUACCAUCAUCUUCACAUGCUAUUAAAACAGUUUGUGAAAUGCCGGGACCAAUUUUAUUCACAAAUGCAGAUAGUGUACGUGGUUAUUGCGCUCAAAUAACAGCAAAAUAUUGUGACAAAUUUCUUCAAGUGAGAAAUUUCGAAGAAGGAGACGAAAAAUUGCCAAUCUCAUUAAUUGAUGGCAAUGUAAAAAUAAUCAAUAGCAAUGCAAUUUCUUUUUAUUUGGCGAAUAAUAAUUUUAAGGGUGAAAAUAUUUUUGCACAAAGUGAAAUUUUACAAUGGAUGAUGUUUGCUGAUAAUCAUAUUUUACCAUAUAUCACUGGUUGGAUUUUACCCACAGUGGGAUUAAAAAAAGCAUCUAAAGAAAUUGUGAAAAUAGCAAAAGAUGAUUCUUUAAUUAUUAUGGAUUUAUUAGAUAAAACACUUGUAAUGAAAACAUUUUUUGUUGGCGAAAGAAUAACACUCGCUGAUAUUUCCAUUUUCACCGCACUAAUGCCUUUAUAUAAACAUGUUUUUGAUUUACAAAUAAGAAAAAAAUAUAAAAAUGUUAAUCGAUGGUUUAACACACUAUUGGAGCAGCCGAUAAUUAAAGAAAUUAUUGGCAAUUUCACUUUUUGCGAGAAGAUAAAAUAAAUAAAAUUAAAUUCAUGUCAUUUAUAAUUUAGAUUUUCUUUUUGGAAAAUUUUUAUGCAAUUGUGAUUUUUUUUGAAAGGGGGGAGGGUUAAAUAAAUUUUCGUACUUUUAUUAAAAUAAAAAACCUUUUAUUACAUACUUAA